AGCCUUUAGCGCGCAAAAGUGUACGCGGAAUAGAGUAUACGAUAUACGGUCUCCAGAUUGUCGGCAAGGAACGACAAUGGUUGCUAUAAGGCUGCGACAUCGUCCACUUUGUCGAACGGUCAGCAACACCGUACGACUGCUCGUCUAACCGCACGCACGACCCCGAAGGCCUCCAGACGCAUUCGCUUCAACGACAAUUGACAUGGCCGAAGACAAGCCCCGCCCGGCUCUCGAUGAUCCUAAUGCCUAUGUCCUGUAUCGAUACCAUCCAUCCCAGAUCGCUGCUAUCAUCUUUGUCGUACUAUUUGCCCUUACAACCAUCCUCCACCUCUUUCAGCUCAUCAAGAAGAGAACAUGGUACUUCAUACCGCUAGUUGUCGGCGGUGCAUUUGAAACCAUUGGAUUUGUCGGACGAGUACUCUCAAAGAACGACGUUUGGGCUCUCGGUCCUUUCAUUAUGCAAUCCCUCCUGAUCCUCGUCGCCCCCGCGCUGUUUGCCGCUUCGAUCUACAUCAUACUUGGGCGGGUCAUUCUCAUGGUGGACGGCGAGCGUUAUUCGCUCGUUCGGCAGAAGUGGCUCACGAAGACGUUUGUGGCAGGUGAUGUGCUCAGCUUUAUGAUGCAAGGCUCUGGUGGAGGUAUCAUGGCUGGAGGAACCCUUAACUCAAUGGAAACUGGCGAGAAGAUCAUCAUUGGCGGUCUCUUCGUCCAACUUGUCUUCUUCGCCUUCUUCGUUUGCGUAGCCGGGGACUUUCAUCGCCGUCUAAUCAAGGACAUACCCGUCAAGAAGCGGUACACACCCGCUGCGCUGUUCCGCAAAGCCCGCCAUAGCGAUUUCGAUUCCUCCAACAUCCCGAUCACCGCCGUUCUCUCACGCGAAGCUGUCCAUGAGCUGCCCUGGAAACGCCACCUCUACGUUUUAUAUGCUGUGAGCGCGCUGAUUCUUAUUCGAAGCAUUUUCCGAGUCAUCGAAUACAUCCAAGGCAAUGCGGGAUACCUGCUUAGCCACGAGGUGUACCUCUACGUUUUCGACGCUACCCUGAUGUUCUUCGUCAUGAUCACUUUCAACUGGGUCCACCCAAGCCAAGUCACCAAUCUCUAUCAGAAGCGCCAGUCCGCUCAUGGCACUGUUGAACUGCAGCAAACUCACGACGAGUAUCUGGGUCACAACAACAGCAGCGAUAUCAGCCACGGUAAGCCUGAGUCAAGAGUUGGAAUCUUUGUCUGAGUGCUGCGGUACUGAGGCCUGUAACAGAACAGAAGAGAUGGUC